AACCGUAUGAAUUGCAGGGACACGAGAACAGAAAAAUAAAUCUGUUGACUAGUGGGCUGGCCGUCGAUUCUCUACGCGUUGCUUUACUUCUCUGGCAGAAAAGCUGUGAGAGAGAGAGAGAGAGAGAGAGAGAGAGAGGAGUCUGUUGAGCUUGGGGGCCGGGCUAUGGCGUCGGAGUCUGCAAUUGAGAUCCUCAAUCUUAACGUGCCCUCCAAAACCAGAGAAGAAGGCGAGCUGUCUUCCUCCGGCGACGAAGUCCCUACUUGCACCCGUGGAAAAUCUUCCCCCGCAGUAGUGUCCAAUCCAGUUUCUCAGGCCCUCAAUGGUACUGUGGGCGUUCAGGGUGGCUCUAACGGUAUACACGUGCAGAAAACCAUACAAUCAACUUCUCAGAAGAGCUUUAACAGGAACCAAUUACCACCUAAAUCUUCUAUGUGGCCUGCUCAUGCAGGCAGUGAUAAAAGUCUCGUGAUAAGCUUCUCUGAUGAUGAUAGUGGCAGUGAUUCCGAAGACGGUAAACAGGAUAAAGCUGUUGAAUCUAAAGGUAAUGCUUCCAGAUUGGAUAACAAUCAGAAGCCACCUGCUUUAUCCUCUGCAAAAUCAUACAAGUUAGUCAAUGGUGCUAGAAGUGUAAACAAGUCAUUGCCCAAAAGAUCACCUUUAAAUCACACAUCUUUCUCAUCAGCAACCAAAACUCAUGGUUCUAAUUCUAAGGUUGCUGGACCCUUCUCAAUGGGUCAAGGAUCUCGAUCUAGAAAUUUCUAUAUCUUGAACAAAAACUUAGCAAGGCCAGAGCGUAAAAAUGAGCAAGGGGUGGUAUCAAAUAACAACAAACUUCAGGACUUGCGACAGCAGAUUGCAAUUCGAGAGAGUGAGCUCAAGCUAAAGGCAGCCCAGCAAAAUAAGGAGCCUCCUUCAUCUUUGGGAAGGGAUCAUAAUGCCAUCAAACUGAAGAGUGUCACAGCUAGAAAAUAUGCUUAUUCAGAGAACGUGCAAUUGGAAUCAAAGGAACCGGAUAAGAAACGAUUAAAAUUUGGCAGAUCUUAUGCUACCCCUCAAGCUAUUGAAAAUCUGCCAGAGGUCCCUGCUACUAAGUCUUUGUUGCCAGCAAAAGAGUCUGCAUUGGAAAAUUGCAAUCUACAAGAGAGAAAUAAGGUUGAUCAUGGUGUGAAAGAGACUCAAUUAUGUACAGGAGAGCCAUUAGUUAUCAAAUCGCAGGGUCAUGACAAAUGUCUUGACAUUUCAUCACAAACUAUGCAAUCUAGACCAAGAUCUGGCACCUAUGUCAACAAUAAUUGCAACCAGAUGGACAAACAUAAUAGGCUUGUUGACCCUUGUGUUAGUUUCAACCAAAGUGGUCUUCCAGCAAAUUUGAUCUCCAAUAGUGUUCCAACAAAUACAGAACUGUUAAACAAUUUUAAUGAUCAUGCAAAUGACUCAGAGCAUAGCAACAUAGAUUUAAAUUCAUUUUUUGAAAUGGAAGAAUUCAUUGACAAGGAACUGGAGGAAGCACAAGAGCACAGGCAUAGGUGUGAAGUUGAAGAAAGAAAUGCUCUUAAAGCUUACCUGAAAGCUCAGAGGGCUUUGAUUGAGGCUAAUGGUCGUUGCACCAAUCUUCUCCGCAAAAGGGAAAUGUAUUCAGCCAAGUUAAAAUCUUUAAUUUUAAACAAUUCUGGUUUUUCUUGGUCCUCUGGGCAGCAUGCACAUCUUGAUUCAGGGCUGGAUUACCUUCCUAGACAUGGAUAUGUAAUACCCACGUCAAGUUGUCAGGGGCUGACUGAAUUCAAUGAUGUUAACCAGCCAGGGUUUGAUACAACUAAUCAAGAUGUCAACAAUGGACCCUCCAAUACAAUGUAUCACCGUAUGAAUGGAGUGAAUUUGGGGUCUGAACCUUGCAGUGAACCAGAUGCCAGUACCUCAGAGCCAUUGCCACGAAUGGCCAAUAAUACUGUAGACAGAGUUAAUUCUCCUUCUGAUGAAUUAGAUGCAUCUGCUAAUGAUAAUGAAGAGAUGUCUCCAUCACAUGUGUCUACUGAUCACGGCAUUGUAAAUCAAAGAAAGCAAUAUUCUAAUGCCAGCCUAAUGGACAGAGAUACUUCAUCAAAUGCUAGACUUAGUACUGAGGAUCCUCAGGAUUCUUUGCUUCUUGAAGCAGCAUUAAGGUCAGAGCUUUUUGCACGAUUAGGGACAAGAGCUUCAGAGAGUCACAGUACAUGUAACAACCUAGGGCUGGCUGCCAAACGAGGGUUUGAAAACGAGCAUAGGCAGAUACAAGAUGGAGUUGUUCCGUUAUCUAGAGCAGAAGAUAACACUUUUAGAGGUAAUGAGAGUCAUGAAAGCAACAUUUAUCUGGAUCCUGCGGAAAUUCAAUGUCAGCAAAACACUUGUCAAACUUCUUUGAUUUCCAACUGCAGUGCUGCUUCAAGGGAUCAAGGGUCUCUUGCUCUUCAACUUCACCGCUCAAUGGGUGCAAUGAAGAUAUCACCAUUGAUUUUUAGGAGUGCAUUUGGUCACCUGAAGCAAAUGUCAAAAUUAAAUUCGAAACAUUUACUGAGUAAAAAUCAGUGGUUCCCUGUUAAUGUUGGUAAAAAUGAGAAUAAUAGUUGUCAUGGUUCUAUUAGAACAGAGAGUAGUAGUAUGUUAGCAAUGACAAUGCCUACUGCUGGUUGGAAUUUAGCUUCAGAAGAAAGCUCUUAUAGCUACAGUCCUGCUGUUGAUCCAUUUUGGCCACUUUGCAUGUAUGAACUCCGAGGUAAAUGCAACAAUGAUGAGUGUCCUUGGCAGCAUAUUAAGGACUAUAAUGACGAAAGCUAUCAGAACCAACACUCUGAUAAUGAUGAUGCAGAUUGUCUAGGUGGAUUAACAUUGCAUCAGCAAAGUGCGACAAAAGUUUCCAAAAGUCACAAAGCUGCAAUUCUGCCAACUUAUCUUGUCGGCUUAGAUGUUUUGAGAGCAGAGCAACUUGUAUAUAAAUCUGUCCUAACAUGUAGAAAUACUCAGUACUGGCAGAAAUGUUUCAGUAUAACUUUAGCUACUUCAAAUUUGCUUGAAAAUGGCUUACAAGAAGAUGGUCGAUUCUUGCAUGGUGGUGAACGAAUUGAAGUCCAUGGGACCUGGAACAAACAAUUCUCUUAUUUACAGUGGAAAAGAGCGGUGAAUAAAAGUGAACAGGCUCUUGCUGAUAAUGAACAAGCUGUUGAAAGGGCACUUCUUGUUCUCAACCAGGAAAUUAAUAAAUUAGAGGGUGUGAGAAAGGCUCUAUCUGUGCUGUCUAGAGUUUUAGAGACUGAUCCAACAUCUGUCGUUAUCUGGAUUGUUUAUCUGCUGAUUUACUAUGGAAAUUUGAAGCCAACUGGAAAGGAUGACAUGUACUUGUAUGCGGUCAAGCAUAAUGAGGGAUCUUAUGUACUAUGGCUAAUGUACAUUAACAGUCGGACACAGCUUGAUGAACGGUUGGUGGCCUAUGAUGCUGCCCUCUUGGCACUCUGUCAGAAUACAUCUACUGCUGUCAAGGAUGGUAUACAUACAAGUGCAUGCAUCUUAGACCUGUUUCUGCAGAUGAUGGAUUGUUUAUGCAUGUCCGGAAAUGUUGAGAAGGCCAUUCAGAGAAGUUAUGGAGUAUUCCCUGAUGCAACAAAAUCCCAUGAGCUCCAUCAUCUGUCAUUCUCAGAUAUACUAAAUUGCUUAACUUUUUCUGACAAAUGUAUCUUCUGGAUUUGCUGUAUUUACUUAGUUAUGUACAGGAAAUUGCCUGAUGCUAUCAUACAAAAGUUUGAGUGUGAGAAAGAUCUUGACAUUGAAUGGCCAGUUAUCCAUUUAUCAGAAGGAGAUAAACAGAUGGCUGUUAAACUUGUGGAAACAGCUGUUGAAUCCGUUGACUCUUGCAUCUAUAAUGAAUCAGCCAAAAGUGAAGUUAAUCUGAAGUCUGCUCAACUUUUUGCUCUCAAUCAUAUUAGAUGCAUGGUUGCACUGGAUAACCUGGAAUGUUUAGGGAGCUUGCUGGAUAAAUAUGUUAAGUUGUACCCUGGCAGCAUUGAGUUGGUUCUAGAAUCAGUUCAUAUAAAGAAACAUGAGAAUGGGAUUGACAAUUUCAUGGGAUUCAAGGAAGCCAUUAGCAGAUGGCCAAAAGAAAUUCCUGGAAUCCAAUGCAUUUGGAAUCAAUACAUUGAAAAUGCAGUCCGGCAUGGAAGAAUUGAUCUUGCCAAAGAAAUUACAGUCCGAUGGUUUCAAUCUGCUUGGCAGGUUCAGGAAUCCCAUAAUGGAGAAAUGGAUACUACAUAUGGUGAUCAUUCUUGUAGUUCUUUGGGACCUGAUUCAAAAUCAUUUCCAGACACUUCAAGCUCUGGUCUUAGCCAGAUGGAUGUAAUGUUAGGAUUUCUUAAUCUUUCUCUUUAUAAUUUUUUUCAGAAUGAUGAAACAGAAGCUUGCAUAGCAAUUGACAAGGCAAGGAAAGCUGCCAAUUUUGGAGGUUUAGAUAAUCGAAUGAGAAAGCAUGCAAUGUUUUUUCUCAGUGAUGCAUCAUGCCUAAAAGAUAAUGGUCCUAAUGGUGGUAUCAAGAAAAUUUUGGAGAUGUAUAAUGAUCGUGCCUUUCAGGAUUUCAUAGCUCCCAAGCUGAUAACAAGAAAUCUUUUUGACGAUGUCAAGAAGCCUAGAGUCCAGCAGCAUAUUAGUAACUUAUUAAGUCCAGUUUCAAUCGAUUGUUCAGUGCUAAACAUGAUUCUUCAGUCUUGGUAUGGUUCAUCACUCUUACCUCAAACAUUCAGUGAUCCAAAAGAACUGGUAGAUUUUGUUGAAGCCAUCUUGGAGGUGGUUCCCUCCAAUUUCCAAUUGGCAAUUUCUGUCUGCAAGCUUUUGAGCAAAGGCUUCAAUCCUGCUAGUGCUGAUCAAACAUCAGCCAGUCUCUUGUUCUGGGCCUGUUCAGCUAUGGUCAAUGCAAUUUUACAUGCCAUCCCAGUACCUCCAGAGUAUGUCUGGGUGGAAGCUGGCUUACUGCUGGACAAUGUUAUGGGCAUUGAGGCCAUUUCUGAGAGGUUUUAUGGAAGGGCUCUAUCAGUGUAUCCAUUCUCUGUACGGUUGUGGAAAUCCUUCUGCAACCUACACAAGGAUAUUGGAGAUGCAGGUGAUAUUAUUGAAGCAGCCCAAAAAAGGGGUAUUAGUAUUAAACUUGAUUAACUUGACAGCACACUAUUAUUUCCUAGAAUGCCAGAUUGUUAAUGGUAGGGUCAAUACAAUUGUGUUCCUUUUGGGCCAGUUUUUAGUCUUUCAAUUGGAGGCCCGGACGUAGGUUUUUUGUAUUGGACAACCACCCUCAGUUUGAAUAGCAUUUAGCAUUUGGCAGAAUGUCGAAGACUUGGUUUAUACAAGGUGUGAACUAACAUCACUUGUACAGUGCGAUUUGGGGCAGCUAGCUUGUUAGUUCCGUUGGGUGGGUCUGAAGUUUUGGUGACAUUUUACUUGUAGGAUAUAUUAUUCCUCCCAUAAGAAAUAGAUUAUACUAAUAUUUUGAUCUUGUUUUUUUCUUGAUUGUUUAUUUAAUUUGAACGUGAACAAAUGUUUUCUGUUGAGCUCAUGUACCCAUUUAUAUGUCAAUGUACGUGUUCUUUCUGCUGAUAAAUUUUCCAAUC